CUAUUUCAAACCAUUAUUUUCGAAGGGAAAAAGCCCCACUUUGAGCUCUGGAUCCCCGCGUGGCAUCACCGUCAUGGCAUCGCCACCACAGCACCCACCUGCCACUGCCCCCUUGCCCACAGCAACACCCGCUCAUCCGACGACCGCCUCGCAGCCCCUGCCCAGGGCCUUCCUCGCCACCUCUGCCCCGCAACGCGCCGGCGCCGCGACUCCGCCGCCGGCGCCGCCGUUCGUGUUCACCGCCCGCGCGCUAAACCCUAACCCCCGCCCCGCCUCCCCCGCCCACGGCAUCAUCUACCCCGUGGCCACAUCCUCCACUGCCGCCACGAACCAGCGCCGGGCUCCCCACGUCGCCGUCGGGUACCCACGUGCCAACGCCGUCGCUCUCCCCAUCGCGCCGUCUCAGCAGCCUCAGGUGCUAACGCAGUCACGGUUGCCCGCUGCCGCGCCGCGGGGCGUGGCGCCGUCGCUGCGUCCCGAACUGCCUCCUCGAGGAGUUCCCAUAGCACCGCAGCCUCAGCCCAAGGUUAAUCCAGUUCCAGAUGUUGCUCUUACUCCAUCUCCUGAGCCUCAAGAGCAGAGCAACGCCAAGGAAAGAGAAAGUACCAAAGAAGACUCCGCAACUAUGGUGAUCAAUGGUCGCAAAGUUAACUUCUCGGACAGCGAGUCAGGAUCCUUGUAUGCACUCUGCCGAUCUUGGGUGCGGAAUGGUGUUCAACAUGAAAUUCAGCCAAGGUUUGUUGGAAACGUUGCACCACAUCUUCCUCCACCUUUGCCUGCUUCGGUCGUAGAUUCUAGGAUGUCAGGGAAAGACAAGGAAGCUGAAAAUGAAGAACCAAAAGAAGCGAAGAAUGAUACUGGUGAAUAUACUACAGCUGGCCUAUUGAAGGAACAUGUUGAUCGUGCAAAAAAGAUACGCGCGCAAUUGCGCGUGGAGCGCCAAUCCCGCAUUGAAAGGUACAAGCAGCGCCUGGCAUUUCUAUUGCCCCAACCACCAGUUCCACCUAGCGAGCCUGGGAAGCAAUGAUACACGUCCAUAGAACGGACCCAUAAGAUAGCCUGGCAAGCGCCACGGCUUCCAUGUAGCCUUUGUGUUGCUGUGUUAAUUUACAUAAUCUAUAGGAGUUGUUACAUCUUUCCAGUUGUUAUACUGUUACUGUGUUUUAUGAUACCUUUUGGUAACCUUGUACCCAACAAUAAAGUUUGUAGUUUUGCCUGAGAAUAGUGUGUUGCUCCUGCCGACUGCUUAGCCUUUUCUUCUCAGAACCAUUUGCUCUGUGUACCUGUGUGUUAAGAAUCUUUUAAAUUUUGAGAUUGAAACUAUUUCUAGUA